AUGUGUUCGCACUUAAACUGGAAGGAGUGCACGUUUACAAGGGCAGAAGGCAAAGAUACAGGAGAGUUAUACGUAAGUUGUCAGUUAUAUUAUAGUUACCGUAUAUGACUGAAUAAAAAUGAAUGAACUCUUAAAUUGUAAAGGUCAGUCCACUGUUAAUAAAAAUUCUUUUACAAAAGCCCAAGCCUGACAGACCGAGAAGUAUGUAUAUUGCAGUAGUAUUUGUCAAUGUGUGUUAGUGUGUUACUGUUGUGAUGAAUUUAAUUUGUCUUCUUUGAGUCGGUGAAUUGUACGACUAAUAAAUCAUUUUUUUUAUAUAAGUUAUGUUUAGCCGAAUUCAGUUAUAUUGUAAAAGACCGGUUGCAAUCCUUCUAAUCGAGUUUUAUACAGAUGACUUAGAAUCUGAUCACACCAAACCUUUGAUGUAAAAUAGAUUUAACUUUAAAGGAGGUGUGAAGAUUGCAAGCGUUUGCUCUCGCUCAAGGCCAGGAGUAUGGUCGUGGCCUGUACUAUAUGGCUUUAUCCAAACUUAAAAGCGGAGCUCUCUUAAUCAGCUUAUAUCAUCUACGCUGAAAAAGCGAAACCUGAAUAGAUAGUGAACUUGAGUCGGCGAUACGGUCAAUUGAUAAGUUGAAAAGAUUCAAGAUCCAAAAAUUUUAGUCGAAAUGUUCAUUUAGUUUCAAAUGUUUCUAAUGACGCUCCUUUAUGUGCCGCGUUCUGUUAGCACUGUCAUAUUAAUCAACUUUAACUCAUUUUUUUAUUUAACACCAAUCAAUCAUAUCACUCAUUCUAUUUUCCUUGCGGCAGAGCUGUCAGUUCAUGAAGAAUUAUACACAAACGGCUCUCCAUGUCUACUUCGCUGGUAACCUUCGCAUUGCUUCCUGUGACAACUGCUGCAGUCGUUGGUAUUUCACAUUCAAUGGCGCUGAGUGUAGCUCUCCUGGUAGAAUUGAUGGCGCGUACUAUAUGGCAACAGCAGCUGGCAAAAACCUUCACCGUCACCGUCACAUUCAAGGACACUGCAAUAACAAUCAUAAGGGAAGAGUGCGAGUGGGGUUCUGGGUUGGAAACUGCAAUAAUGGCCAUGCACUUGCUGACGCAUACAUAGGCUGGACCACAAUGUCCCGGAUCUUCAUUGAAGAAGUGGCGAGAGCACAACAGUAAACUUGACUGACCACACAUACCCCCAAAGACGCCCUGAUAGCAAAAUUGUCUUAGUUCGUGAUUUUAAAAGCAUUUUAAAUUCUUGAACUCCGUCCUGUUGAUCUGUAUACCUUUAAAAAACUGAGUUGUAACUAAGAAAAAAAAUCAUGAGAAGUUAGAAUUUGUAGAAUGAACUUACCGAUUAAACAAUAAAGUUUAAGAAAAGCAACUUUAUAGAAUUUUUUAUUCCAAUCAAACUUUGUCACAUGAUCCUUACGCAAAAGCUGUUACCCGUAUUUGUCUUUCAGGCAGUUCAAGGUUCGCUUUCGGUUCUGUUACUGCCAGUUCGCUCCAGUUUUGAAUCAGAAGGCUUACUGUUAUAGCCUGAGAGCCUAAUUGUUCAAGGAUCUCAUGUUAGCGCAAGCUAACUGUGGUUUAAGGCUUCAACUAACGGGACGGGACAGGUCUGUCAUUUCUGAUUUAUAUAAUUCAGGGUCUCUGACGUUAAUGUUCUUUAAAAUGCUACGAGGCGGAUGCGGAUAUUUUUGCUCAGGCCGUUUCCAACCUGCGCACCGGACCAAGUAAAAGUCAGUGGGCCAGACUUAUUUAAACGGAGUUUAGCCAGUGUUUAAAAAAACCGUGUCCUAAACCAUUUUCAGUUUGCCGACAAACGCUUUUAUCUCAAUACCAUAGUUCGUGAAAAUUUUUAUGAAAUCAUAUAGGCGCAGACUAGAAAGACAAUUAUUUUCUUAAAAUUACUACCUACUAAGGGAGAAAUUUGGUGGUUGAAAGAGUUGCUAAACCGCGGCCUAACUUAAACUUUGUUUAAAUAACCGGCCCAAUAAUUUCCAUCCUUCUAUGCGGUUACACAUCGGUUUCUAUUACAGCAGUAAAAGGCAUGUGAACAUGUGAUAUUCCGUUCUCGUAACAACCAAUCGUCCCUUGUGCUUUGUGAUAAAAUAUCUUUGUCCAGAUUUAAUCAAAUUGAUCAAACCCCAUAGUUGAAAGACAACGUGAAAGGCAAGUUGUAUUUUUAAACGAGGAGAUGGAAGUUGUAUGCAACAAAUUCACUGGACUCUUCAGAGGGUAAUCGGUACUUUAAACAUAAAAUUGGAGGUGGGGUGUUCCCGACCUCUCUGACCCUUCCUUGGAUCCGCCAGAAUUUAUUUUUUCAGGCUGUCCCAGGAAGGGCAAUCGAAUCAAGAUCGUGCUAGAUGUCAACGAAACCAGUUAAUGCAAUUGACCACUACAGAAAAUGCCAUAACAUACCAUAAUAAUCUGUGUUUGUCACUCCAAAAUUUUGAAUAAGCAUUGUUUUCAGUUUCUCUUGGGGCCAUUCUAACUCCCAAGAGAAACUGAAGACAAUGCUUAUGUAAAGUUUUGGAGUGACCAACGAAGAGUAUUGUGCUAUGUUAUGGCAUUUUCUGUAGUUGUCAAUACACAUGGCUUUCUAAAAAUGAGAAGGACUAAACACUAAUUUCAACAAGGAAAUUAUGCCGUGUUAUUAUGUUUGCUGGGAUAAACGUAGUAUUUACUAGCACUUUCAGCAAUUCGAAUAUUGGAAAAAAGGAGAUAAACAAAACAGUCGAUAUUAUUCACUUUUAAUUUAAACCGCUAAUUCGAGAACUGUUCAGUCACGUAGCCAUAGUCCAAGGGGAAAUUCCUGAGCUAUGAGACAAACAAUUUCUUUUACAUAACUGCGUAAAAUCUCUGAAAUUUCUUCGUAAGUUAUAUACUCUUGCCUUUCAGGGCGUUUAGCCAAAUCAAUGUGUAUGUGCCGUAACGCAUUCAAUAUUCUCAUUAUUGCAUGCCAAAAGAACUCAGAGGCUGACUUCUACACAUAGAGGACCAUGGUCAGUAUGUUGAUCCAGCAAUGAUUAAAUUUUCAUUAUUAAAAUUGGCUGUUCUGAGAUUAUAGUUGCACAAAAAUAUUUAUGUAUGGCUGAGGUUGACAAAGUGGAGAACUAUGAGCUUUCCAAUCCUUACUCUAGAACUCUUGAGAAAAAGAUCGUUGGCUUUAGUUGGUUAUAGGAUUCCCACAAAUAAAAUAAAUAAACCUAUAAACUAGAGCAAAUGAGUAAUAAAUGUCAAGUUUACACUUUCUGAGUUUGUAAAAAGCCCUUAUUUGCCAUAUAACUGAUUUGGUCUUGUUUUUGGAAACAUGUUUAAAUACGAAAACAGUGUUUAAUUAAAAGCAAUUUUCUUGUUUAUAUAGCUAGUAUUUUUUUCAGUUGCUUGAUAUAAAGGUGCUUGUCCAAGCGUAUUCAGGUGCAUUUUUUCCUCUUGAUAACUGGACGUAAGACUUCAGCAUAAAUUGGUAUGUAACAUUUUAGUGUUGCAACUUACCUUAGUGUUGGAGACGGGGAGCGGGAAUAUCUUAAAACUCACUCCGCUAGACUACUAUAAAUUGCUCAAAGCAGUUUUCUUUUAAAAUGACCCUAUUUUUUCGGGAGUUCUUGUGCCAGGCUAAAAAAACGUCCAAGUUUUCAGAACUUUUUCGAGUUCGCUCUAGAAACCCCAAAGACACGGUUUGCUACAAAAAUUAUGAAAUAUACGGGAGAUAUACUUCUGCUAGUGACUUGGAGAGUAGUAAACUGACUGUUCCUCUUUAAAAUGUUCAGUUAUUUGGGAGCUUAAGCAACAACGAUCGGACGGCGACGGCUACGAACGAAAAACGUCGCUUAUUAAGUGGGGCCGAGGUCGCGCUACUUCAAAGUUUUUCACGCUUAUUCCAUCUCGUUCGGUUCGUCAUAUGUUGGCAAUUUUUUCUGGAGUUGAAUUUUUAAAGACUGUAUCGAAAUUCAGAAAAAGAAAAAGAAAGUCGUUGUCUUGUGUCCACGUUCUCCACAAAAGGUGCAACGACGGCAGAGAAAUGUACAGAAAAGCGUGAUGCGCGUGCAAAGUAGUUGUUUUGCUUAUCUAAACCUAGUUUUUUUUUGCGUUCUCGUUGCCGUCGCCGUUGUCGUUGCUUAAGCUCCCUAACUGCCUAAUACUGAGAGGUUUAGAACACUAAAGAUCGUAUGUGUUGAAAUGCGAUAAACAUUAGCAGAUGCUUUACCGCGAUCCUUGUCGCACGUAGAAGAAGGCGUACCUUUUUCUUAGUUUCAUACCUUAUUUUCUUAUACUCUUCAGUUCGUGCGCUUUGUAACUCUGAAUGAAGAUGGUGCUGACCAUUCAGUUUGCCCACGUAGCAGUUAUUCUGCUGCCCUGUUUCUGUCUGAUAUAUGCAGCAGGAAACAGCAACGAAAAACAGGUAAGUGAUACCAACCCCUAUUCAUCAAGCUCACUCCUGCGCAAAAAUGUUGAAAAACUGAAAAUAUAAUUGUUAAUCAAAAUACCUAAUUAUAUUUUGUUUCACUUUAGACAGUAGCCUUCUCGGCUGCGGCGAAAUUGCGGCUUUGUAAAAAUCCGGCUGUUUUUCUUUAUGAGAGUGACUAGCCUUUUACUGUUAUCGCGGCAAGUUUAACUCAGUCGGUAGAGCACUUGGCUGCAAAGCGAGAUGUCGUGGUUUGUUCGAUUCCAGUGUCUGGACUAAUACUCAGGCUCUUGAGGAAGAGAAAUAACUGAACAAUGAUGGUACGAUCUUAACGUGGCUCCAAUAACCAAGUAAAAUAGCGGUUCUCGAUUAGUACUUUCGCAUUUCAUUGACACCGUCGAACAAAGCGUUUUAAACAAGUGCUCUUUUUAAUGUGCUGGAUUGCUCUACCCUGUAUCUGCACUGUAGAAGUCUUUUAUUAGCCUGCUUUUUCCCCUUACGGGCAGAUAGGCCUACUAGUAGAACCUUUGAGAAUCAUAAAGACAAUCACGUUUAUGAAACCUGAAGGAAGAUAGCCCAACGAUUGCCCAACGAUGGCUUUCAUGGGCUUUCACUGAUCUAUGCAUAAAACUAGCUCUAAAUUUCGAACUAAGUCGUGUGAACAACUUUCAAGAAAACAGUUCAGAAACAAUGUUAAUCCUAAUAAUAAACAUUUUUUGUUAAGAUUCUUUCCAUAACUGUAGAAACUAGUUGCACUUUAAGUGCCGUGAUCUUUCCGCAAUUGUCACGACAAAGAAUUCGAGUGUUAUUAUUUACAGCUGGGAAAUCAUAAGCGAUAUUACAGUCUAGCUUUCUGCAAGAGUCAGUCCUGAUUAAAUUUCAGGUCGUUCAGUUUACAUAUACUGACAAAUUACACAUUAACUGACGUUUGCGGCCUUCUUCUGGCGAAAGUCUAAUUAUGAAGCAAAACUUGGGCUGCUAAUUUUUCCCUAAAUUUUACAUCACGUCGUCUCUAUUCCUGCCGCCUUUGAAUUAAAAAAUCGGCAGACUCACGACUUAAAAACUGGGCCUUUUUGUUUCAGCAAAGGUCAACCAAUAUUUCAUAUUUUUCUUAAGCCUGUUUUAUUGAUUGAAAUUUCCAGAGCUCUUCGUCAACCCAUUGUGGACGUGGCAGUUGUUGCGUUCCAGGUAUCCCUGGCAUACCGGGUUCACCGGGACCUCAAGGACAAAAUGGCCCGGCAGGUCCUCAAGGUCCCGCAGGUCGCGAAGGACCACCGGGUCCUGCUGGUCCCAAGGGCGAUCAAGGGGCCAGAGGCGUCCAAGGUCCUCAAGGACCCUCAGGCGGUCUGAACUGGAAACAGUGUGUUUUCAAUCACCUCAAUGAUGGAAAGGACGCUGGAUUAAUCGCGGUAAAUUUAAAUUUAUUUGAUAUUUCGGCGGUUAAUACUGAGUCCUGAAUUAUUGACCCCAACUAGUGAACAUCGCUUUUGGGUGCUAAGAAGAGACCUUCAGAUUCUAAGACGAGUACGAAUACGAGUACGAGAUUUUCUCAGUACUAAGUAGUGCACGCGCGUGAACCAGCGUCAUUUUAGCGGGAAAAUAUGGUAGCCGUCGUCACUCUGCUACGAGUUUUAGCGAGAAUGUCUAAGUGGCGGAAACAAGUUAUCAAAUGUCUGAGCUGAAAUGUUAGUAGUUUUAAAUAUUAUCAUUUUGCGAUCGGGAAAGGGUAACCUCCGUCACUAAAGGUAACAGUGCUAACUUUUCUAGUGAAACAUGGUAAAAUGAAGCUUUCCGGGGAGUCUAUAUUUUGAGAAUACGCGAAAAAACUUUAAGUCAAAUCUAAUACUCGCAGUCGUCCUCGUCCUUAAAUCUAAAUGUCUCUAACAAGUUUUUUGCAUGAGCUCUCCCUCUAUGCGUAUUUACUGCUACCGCUUGAGCCCUAAAUUCCAGCAGUUCUGUUUUGAAUGAUCGAGGAGGUUAAUCUUUUUCUUGAUCUUUGUCGUAUUAUUUGGACGUAAGUGCAGGAUUUUAAGAGAGUCUCUUCUUUUCUUUGGAUACAAGUUUCAGUUACAAUAAAGUCUAACGAAAUCGUACAUGCCAGGAAUGGCGAGGUCGAUAAGGAAGGUUUGUUUGGGUUGUGAGUUAAACGGCAACUCACCUCUUAACUUUUCCCUUCCAUUGAAAUUAUUUUUUGACGUUUUUAACCACCGAAGCAAUGAUUAUUAACAGGAGUAACAGGCUUCGAUAAACGCGGACUAAAAUCGCCCCUUUAACCUUGCUUUUUAAGACACAGUGAUACGAUAUGAGUUUUUCCAGGAAAUAUGCUUGGUGUAUAGUACUAUUGCAUUCAGGGUAGAUGCGAUGACUUUCCGACAUACUUACUAUAGCUCUUCAUUUUCACAUGCCAAGAAAGGUUCGUCGCAUCGGGGGUUGGGGUGAGGCGGGGGAACGUAGGAUAAAUUCACAGCUAAAAUCCGUAUUGCUAAUGGCGGUUUUUCACGUUAUUCUUUCUUCAAAAAAUACUACAGCAAUGUAACUUCAAAAAAUCGUCAUCAGCCACCAGCCUUCAUGUCUUCUGGAGUGGCGCACUUCGGAUCUAUAACUGCAACGGCUGCUGCAUGCGUUGGUUUUUCACGUUCAAUGAUGCGGAGUGUUCAGCUCCUCUGCCGAUCGAGGGUGUGGUCUACAUGGCCACAGGUGCACACCCAAAUGCAGUUAAAGAUUUGCACCGUGUUCGUCAUAUUGAGGGAGUCUGCAACAAGCACACCGCUGGAAACAUAAGGAUCGGUUUUCAUGUCGGCAAUUGCCGUGGAAUCAAAGGAGCUGAUGCGUACACAGGUUGGAAUUCAGUAUCCCGGAUUUACGUAGAAGAGAUCCCGGCACCGCAGUCCUAAUUAUUACAAAAGGCGGUCACCCCGAGUUAUCCGAGGUUGUAUUCACCUGAAGUCAAAUUAUCUUCUUUAGCAAUAUUAUUUUGUUCUGCUGUAAACUGACAGGUUGUAACCUCUGAAAGAUUAAUAAAAGCAGCAUUUAUCCCGACA